AUGACGGGACUGAUAGAGCAUAAGGAGUACGACUGGAAGGACUCGAAUCUGGCCCUCUUCGGGUCGGACGAGGACAAGAAGGUGAAGAGUAAGUCAACCAUUUGUUAUGCCUCCUUCUACCGCACACUCGUCCCCUUCAUUUCUGGCUUUCAGGCCGCCAGGUCAGGCCAAACAAAGACAAGCCGAGAGGGAACUCGAGGCAGUUGA